AUGUCGGCCGGAAUCGUUGCCGUGGGAGGAGCCUCGUGUGCGGCGGCGGUCAUCGGGGUCGGGGAAGAUGAUCCCGGCACGGAUGUCGUGGUGGCCGAGAGGCAGUGCCGAUGGGCACUCCGGUUCCACCUCGUCGGCGUGAACCACGUGCUGAGCGGGAGCAGCGCCGGGCGCUCGGGAGAUGGAGAUCGAUCGAGCCAUGACAGACAGCAGUAG